AUGCCUCAGGUCUACAUUGCUGCUUUCCGUCUGGUCAAGAUUAUUGCGAAAGAUUUUGCAGGUUGUUUUGGUAUAAUCCCGCAGCUCCUCCAAGUUAUGGAAGAGCCCGUGAGUCUAGAUUCAAAGAGUUCGUAUCUCUGCCUGCAAAUCCAGGAAUAA